AAUUUAUUGAGUGAAGUUUAAUUUCCCUCUCGAUUACACCAUUUCGGUUACACCGCGAGCGGCCAAACCUGCACCGUAAUCCUUCCCCCUCCACACGCGAAUCUUCAAUAAAGCGCCAAACACAAGGAGAAACUUGCAUCAUUCCGUAUUCUCGAACGUGCGCGACAAAUCUGUUGAUUUCUUCUGGUGCUUAGAACCUUAUGUUGGCAUAAAUAGGUUGUUCGCUGCAUCAUCCGCCGUUAUUCCAGAGACCACAACGCCCCGGAGGUUAUCCCAAAGUGACUCAUCGUCGAGUGUCGUCCUCGGAGACAAGAAAGAGAAAUCUAAACACGGAACGCGGAAGUGUUUGGUUGUGUGAUUGAGGUUUGCAAGAGGAAGGCGGUCCGAAAAUGGAGUUCCCGAACUUGGGUAAACACUGCUCGGAGCAGCAUUGCCACAAGCUGGACUUCCUGCCCAUGAAAUGCGACGCUUGCGGCGCCAUAUUUUGUUCCGAACACUUUAGCUACAAAGACCAUGCGUGCCCCUCGGCUUACAAGAAGGACGUACAGGUUCCGAUCUGUCCACUGUGCGGUGAGCCCGUUCCGACCCCGCGCGAUGUUUCGCCCGACGUGACGGUUGGCGCCCAUAUCGAUCAGCAGUGUCGCUCGGAGCGCAAGAAAAUCUACACCAAUCGUUGCUCGUUUGGGAACUGCAAGAAAAAGGAACUGAUUCCCGUCAAGUGUACCGUGUGCCAGCUGAACUACUGCCUAAGGCAUCGGCAUACGACGGAUCACAACUGCCAGGGAGAGGCCGCAGGACAACGCAAUCGUGUGGCGCAAGCUGCCAUACAGCGUCAAACAACCAAACCAUCAGCCACCGUGGCCACCAGCAGAGUGCCAGCGACAACGGUUCAGCGAACCACUCCGGCCACACUCAACAACCACAUAGCGAUCGUGCAGGGUGGCAUGUCGGAGGACGAGGCACUGGCAAGGGCAAUAGCUUUAUCGAUGCAGCAAGAGGAAGACGAAGCCCAACAGAGACGUGCACGUGAGGAGCGAAACCAAACCAAUGCACCACGAGGCAUCGCAGUAGGCAGUGGCGGUGCUAGUUCCGGCAGUUCCAAAGAUCGAUGCAAUCUCUCGUGAGUCAGCCCGACAUCCAUCACCUGGGGACCAUUCCACUAAUUGUUGUUCCGUGACAAUCGUCAAUCUUAUCGUCGUCCCGUGCUUUGCCGCUUCGUUGUCUUCUACACUGACUGCGCGCGAGUGUCCUGCACGGCGGCUCUGGCUGCGCCACCAAAUGUUAUGAGGAGAGGGGAGAAAUACAGAUUCAUUUUAUUUAUGCUAGAGCAAUGGUUUUUGGCAAAUCAAUUA